AUGCAGCUCUUUCGAUUUUCAUUGCCAGCCAUUCUUUCGGCAUUGGUUUUACUACUCAAUCUUUCGGUCUUUACACAUGCAUCUCCAUUGAGCCUGGAUCCACGGGAACUUACCUGCGCAGAAACUUACGUAUCAUGUGGUACAUACUGUUGUCCUCCAAGUCACACUUGUGCUGCCAAUGACGGAUGCGCGCCUGUAACAGCCACAUUGACAGCAACCCCAACUUCAACAACCACAGUAACUGCUUCACCAACAACAAAAUCCUCAGCUGCCCACUCUUCAAAAAAGGAUGGGUUCUUCAACACCAACAUGAUCAUCGCCGUUGCUACCGGUGGGGGCAUUGCGCUUGUUCUUCUUGCUCUUGCAACCUGGGCCUGCCACCGGAAACGUCAACAGGGAAGAGCUCUUCUUGCAGCAUAUGAAGCCCCGGACCGUCAACCUUACGAAGAAAUUUCACUCAAAAACAAAAAGUCCACCGCUUCCUUCGCCAGUUCCGCCCCUCCGCCAGCUCCGGUUGUCUCUGGAAGCUCCUCGAAGCCAGGCACACCAACAUCCACCUCUUUCAAUGUCCCCCAGCACACCUCAACCCCACCCCCAGAUUAUAAAAAUGGUGCAGCUGUAUCUGCGAUUGAAAAGGAAUUGGGCCCCCGCUAUCCACCACAAGCUUUCCAGGGACAGGAUUCACCGCGUACGCCAACUGGGUCACAGAGGGGACCGUUCCCUGCGGAUAUUUUAGGAAGCCCAAGGUCUAGCAGCCUGCCACCAUACUCUCCGGCUAAAAGUGCAUUCGGGGGCGCUGGAUCUCCAAGAGCUGUUUCUCCAGCUCCGUCAUCGUCCUUUCAGCAGCAGGGGGGGAUGCUAGCACCAACACAGGCAACGUCCCCGCUACCAGUUCAGACUACAUUCUCACCAACUCAGACAUCGUUCCCACCACAAAACACCCUUUCACCGAUGCAGAGUGGCCCGUCCGGAUUUUCAUUCUCACAGCAGGGAGAAUCCACCCCAGUAGCUUCUCCACCUACAUCGCCAAGAACUCCGAGUCGCCAGAUGUUUAUGCCUAUGGAGGAAAACCAUCAGCACCCUGCAAAUCAGGAGCUGUUCUUGCCAGUGGAUGGUGGGAGGAUCCACCAACAGGAGCAGGAGAUGUUCAGCCCUGUUGAUGAACCAUCGUCGCGAAGGCAGCAGCAGGAUCAAGGAUAUCCAAUGGCGUACUGA